UUCUGACAAAUUCCUUUUCGAUUUAAUGAUUCUUGACGAAGAUAAGGUAAGCAGUAGUUAAUUCGAGAUAAUCUAAUUAAGGAUCGUCGAAGCAAAAUUAAGCCCCAAAUUGCAGUACUAUAUACUGUGCGCAAACAACGACUAUCUCUUCACUUCUAGUCAAGAAAGCGAAAGCAGGGGAGGAGGGGUCGCAUCCGAUCGAGGGUUUGGCGGUGCCGUUAAGGGGUACAGACGCCACGCCCCCAUCGUGUCAGUUCUACUUAUCUCCCUUUACUAUUCUUUCAUUUUCUCUACUGGUAAUCCACCCCACCCCGCAUUUCAUGUAUAUAUAUGUGUGUGUGCAGUUUUCAGAAUCGCCCGGGAAAAGACACAAGAAGUAAGAUGUGAAAAUCUGCUCUGCCUAUGUAGAAUUCUAUCAUGUUUUCAAUUCGUUGUUGGGGUUUCCUGCAUGAUUAGUUUUGUGUACAACAAUGGCAUUUGGUACUCACAUUCAUUCCUAUGGUUCUAUUCUGUUAUGUUCUGUUUGUUUUUAUUAAAUUAAAUUAAUGGAUGGAUAUAUGGGGAUUCAUCGGAAUUGCAUUUUCCUGAAUAUUUAUUUUCUUUUUAAUUUUGAACUUUUGUGUUCCUCGGCCUUAGUGUGUGUAUUUUUGUGGAUUGGAUCAUCCAUCAAAUGUGCUGUAGAACUAUUUGAACCAUCUCUUGUUUUAAGAAACUUUAAUGUGUUAUUUUAUGGGAUGAUAGGGACAAUCUUGCAGGAGGAUCUCUCCCUCCCUGUUUUUUAAUGGAGUUUUGGCUCCUCCUUUGUUUCGAAACUUUAAGCACUCAUUCUUGAUUGAUUCAGUAGAUGAUGCGGUUUUAAAAAUGACUGUUUGAAUUGGCGCAGAAUGAUUCUUGAUUGAUUCAGUAGAUGAUGUGGUUUUAAAAUGACUGUUUGCAUUGGCUCAGAUUGAUGCGUAGCCUAUUGCUGUUUAAGCCCAUUUAAGCACGCUUUUUAGGUCAUAUCUGUGUGUAUACAUACAUAUAUAUAUAUAGCAAAUUCGUAAUUGAAAAGUCGCAUUCGGGGCCUUCCGAUUUAAAACUCAGCAUUGCUCUAGAAGCCACUAGAAACUGGUUGAAGCAGAUUUAAUCAUUGUCAUUGUUCAUUUGCUAUCACAUCUAUCUCACUCACAAUCACUUGGUUGCUCUCAUAUAACCUAUUUCCGGAGGGUUGGUGAUUAGCCGAGAGGUGGAUCAGGUAUUGUCGAACUCCGGUUGAAACCUUGACGUUGGGCAAAAAGAAUGACUGACGGAGAGAAUGUUGAAUCACCUGAGCUUCUGGGAUCGGAUCCGACUUCUGAAACCCCUCCUGAACUUUUUGAUGAAGUUAAGGGGAAGGACGAUGUUCCAUCUGAGCCAAUUUCUGCUGCAUCACCUGUGAGUGAUAAUGCAUCGCGAGAUCAACAUGUUGAUCACUCAUCAGCUUUGAAACAGGUUAUUCGUCCUUCCACUAACCGAGGAUACAAUGGGCCAUUUGCGCAUCCGAGGUCCACUCAUAUUUUUAGCAGGCCAGCCGGUACCAGGAAGCCAAGUGGAUAUUCCUUUGUUAGAACAAACAACAAUCAAUUUGACCGAACCCUGGAUUUUCCAUCAAAUCCUAACUUAAAACAAUCUUCUGAUUCUCCAAAAACUGUUCAUCAAAGUAUGCCCGAGAAGCCACCGAGCAAGAUUGGUUCUAAUGCCCGAUCAAGUAGCCCUGUGGAUUACCAAUCAAACCAUAGAGCCGGUUAUGACAGAGGCCGGUACAAUUCACAUGAAAGUGAUGGCCGAAAUGGAUCACUAACCAAUUUUACAUGCGGCCGUGGCCCGAGGUUUUACAGUGGUAGGAAUAAUUUAUCAAAGUCUGGUGAGGCUGCACGACUGGUGCUAGAACCAGGAAGGUAUAACUAUAACUCAGAAGAUUUUCCAGUAGAGUACGAGGAUGCGAUCUUUUUCAUGAUAAAGCCUGUCAACGAGGACGACGUUCACAAAGCCAUCAAAUACAAUGUUUGGUCGAGCACCCCGAACGGUAAUAAGAAACUCGAUGCUGCUUUCGAGGAAUACGAAGCUAAAAGCAUUGAGACGGGGAAAGAGUGUCCGGUAUUGCUAUUUUUUUCAGUGAACAAGAGCGGACAGACGGUGGGGGUUGCCGAGAUGAUCGGGCCAGUAGACUUCGCCAAAGAUUUGAACUUCUGGCUAACCAAAGACUGGCAAGGGUUCUUUCCCAUUACAUGGCAUAUAAUUAAAGAUGUCCCGAAUGCAGUUUUUCGGCACAUUGACCCCGACAACAGCGAGAAUAAGAUCAUCACUCACAGAUGGGACACGGGCAAGAUUGGAUUCAAACAAGGGCUCGAAAUGCUGAGAAUAAUGAAGAGCUACUCUUCGACAACGUCCAUACUCGACGACUUUGGUUACUAUGAGAAUCGAGAAAAGGGCCUCAGAGCGAGGAGGAUAGCCGAAACUCGAGGAGAAGCUAGAUCAGCAGAAGGAGAUAAUGGUAGCCGGUAGGUGUCUCUUUCUUUCGGCAUUUGAUCGAUCGGGUUUGGUUUUAAACAACGGAUAUUGAUGAUCGUGAAAUGGCUGCUACUUUGUCUUCUUCGAAUUCUUUUGAUAUUUAUUCGAUGUUAGAGCAGCAGCAACAGCAACCUGCAGAGUGAAGGUACGAACUCAAAUUGAGUACUCUUCGAACAA